AUGAGCGCUCCCCCAUCCUCAAGUGGAGACUCAUUUAUUUAUGAGUCAAAACUUUUCAAUCUGGACAACCUUACUUAUCGAGAUGAAGGAAACAAUACAAUCGUGGUAUCCAAUACACAGAUCAAGUUGAUUUUGCGUAUCCGGAAAGCAACUGAUGGACGUAAUGGAUACUGGUCAAAGAAACAUACUAAACGGUCAGAAAUGUUUGCAAAUCAGCGCAUAUUUCAUUAUUUUGGUUCUCAGUUCAUUCGGAGCAUUCAUCUUGUUAAAACAAGUCCCACGUUCCUCUAUGAGCUAGAAAAUAAAAUAGAACCUUUCAGGCCAGCUUACCGUAAGGUAAAAGGCAUUGAUCAUUCCGAAAACUUCGUUUUCGUGACAUCCGAUGCAACACAAAUGUCAUCAAAUCUCGCAGAAUAUGCAUUUGGUCCGACCUUAAGUGUGGAGAUUAAGCCAAAGUUUGGAGCCAUUCCACUCUGGCCUGCUACUGGAAUAGUGAACAUAGUCAAGAACUCUGCUUCCUUGUUUUGCUUAAGACAACAGCAUUCUAGCAAGCGAUCACGAUGGAAAGAAAUGUCUACAUACUGUCCCUGCGAUUUAUUUUCUGGUGAUCGUGAUCGACUUGUGCGUGGUUUGAGUGCUCUCAUGACAACUCCACAGAACAACUUCCGCGUUUAUUUGGACAGCCAUCCUAUCUAUUCUCAUGACGUGGAUAAAUUAGAUUAUGGUUUACACGAAUUCUUCAACUUUGAGCGGGGUGUAUUUUCUUCUAGUGAAGAAAAUAAAGUUUCCAAUGGUUUCUAUCCUGAAGGAACAUGUAGUCAUACCAAUGCGUGCCAGUUUCCCAAUGAUCGCGACCGACUGAUACGUGGCACCUUAUUGGAAGCACUGUUUUAUAAGUUCGAGUCUACAGACGAUGUUAUACAGAAUUGCUCAACAGUAAAUGCAGCCGAACAUCAGCCUAUAUCUUUCCAUUGUGCAUUACACUCUGAAGAUGCAGAAAAGUCUAAUUCAUCUUGUGAAUACUCACAGAGAAAUUGGCCACUGCCAGAAGGUUGUAUAUUACAACGUAUUCUGUCAGUGCAGAUGUUGAAUUCAAUGGACAUUAGCUUUAUCAUCCCACAUUAUGAGCGUGUUUGUUCUUUCUUAGCAUUUCAUGGACUGACAUGGGACACAUGGCUUAAAUUAGCAAGAGAAGGCGAAACGUCAAUGUACCUCGAGACACAAGAAAUAGCAGAAAGUUUUGAUAUUGUUGAAAAGUAUCUAAUCUCUUUGGUUGCUCGUGAUUGUUCAAUUAUGAUUACCGUACAGCGUGCAAAAUUAGACUGUCCGUCAACGUUUCCUGUCAUUUCAAGUAGCUGUUGUUGUAUCCCUAGGAUGUUAA